AUGUUUGAAAUUCAUAGUUGCGGGUGUGGCUAUUUCGUCUCUAUGGAAACAACUGAUAAUAAUAAACAUCUGUAAUGUAUAUGCAUUCCGUAGCAAUGGCAAAGCCACUGACCAAGUCUCGAGACGGCAGUUGUCUUCUGUCUGAAGGAGUGGUAAUAAAAGAAAGGUGGAAGGUUUUAGGUAAAAUUGGAGGGGGAGGCUUUGGGGAAAUAUAUAAAGUGAAAGAUUUAAGCAAUAAUGAGGAUUUUGCCUUGAAAGCUGAGUCUCUUUCUAGUAACAGACAAGUCCUACGAAUGGAAGCGUUAGUCCUUAAACGAUUACAAGGGAUACCACAAGUUUGUGAGUUUAUUGGAUGUGGAAGGACAGAAAAGGCUAAUUUCCUUGUUAUGACAUUACUUGGACCAAACCUCUCUGAGCUUCGAAAGAAACAAGCUGAUCAAAAGUUUUCUAUUUCAACUGUGCUAAGACUAGGUGUUCAAAUAAUAAAAGUAGUACAGUCAAUGCACAACUGUGGAUUCUUGCACAGAGAUCUUAAGCCGUCAAACUUUGCAAUGGGUGCAGGAGAAAAUGCCAAAACUUGCUUUCUACUUGACUUUGGACUGUCUCGACAGUACAUAAUGCCUACUGGAGAAUUAAAACCACCAAGAGGAACAACUGGGUUUCGUGGAACUAUUCGUUAUGCAUCUCUAAAUGCUCAUAAGGGAUGUGAUCUUGGUAGACAAGACGAUCUGUGGUCAGUAUUCUAUAUGCUAGUGGAACUAGCCAAUGGCAGCUUACCAUGGAAGACAUUACGUGAAAAGGAAGAUGUUGGAAAAGCAAAGUUACAUUACAAUCACCAUAAAUUAAUAACUACACUUCCACAUGAAUUUAAUGCAUACUUAGAGUAUCUGCAACAGUUGACCUACUACGAUAAACCAAACUAUGCAUAUUUAAUUGAGCUGUUUGAACAAGCUCAAAGGAAUUUAAGAAUCAGUGAGUGUCAUCCGUUAGAUUGGGAGCAACCAGCAGUACCAAACCUAAAGACAACAGAACCGGCUAAAGAAAAUGAUGAAGAUAAAGAUUUAAUUACUGUUUCUGGUUAUAUACUAGCAUUCAACAUAUCAAAUUUGAUCCCUAAAGUUGAGGACAAUCAUCAGGUAGCAAGUGAUCAAGAAGAUCGUCCACUUCUGUGUGAUAUGAUGUCAUCGUCAACUACUAAUAGCAAGGAGAAGGACAUGAUAGAGCCACCAGUGGAGCACCAUGUUCUAGAUUUAAAGGAGACAAUAAUUGAAAGUGAUGAAGGUGAAAAAUUGCCAUAUACUAUACCUUUACCAUUGGAGCCAAAGCCCGAUGGAUACAUUUUUACAAGAGCUCGAAAAUAUUAUGUAAAGUGUAGCAAAGCACGUUGUACACUGAGUCAUGACUAUCAGUCCUAGCUAAAGUUUAAGAACAGUAACAUUAAAAUAAUUUUUGUCAUCAUUAUUAAUUAUUACUUUUUAUAAAGAAGUUACAGAUCUAUACUUAGUUGUAAAUCUAUUGU